AUGUUCAGGUCUAAUAAACCAUUGAUUGGUACACCUAAUGAUAGAGCCAAAAAGAUCAAAUCAUUUGAAUUUACACCAAUUGGUUAUAGUAAAAAUAAUGAAAAUAUAGAUCCAAAAUCUCAAACUAUUAAAAAACAUGGUAAUAAAUUCCAUCAAGAUACAUUAAGAGGAAAUCCAUUUGAUCAAUCCCCUUUAGAAAACUCUAUACGAGGUGGCUCAUCAUUCAUAGAACCUGAAUCAUUUGAUACUAUAAAUUAUUCAGAUAAAAAUGGUAAUAAUAAUAAUAAGGGGAAAACUUCAUCACCUAUACCUAAUAAGUUUGAUAACCAUAAUUUAUUAAACGAUGGUUCAAAUCCUGUUAAAUAUCAACAAGCAAACGUCUCAAAAUUACAAGAUGAAAAUUAUAAUUUAAGAGUUGAAAUCUCAAGUCUUAAAAGAUUUGUAAAUGCUUGUACAAAUAAUGAUCAACAAGAAAUUUAUAAACAAAAUUCUGAAUUACAAGAAAAAAUGAUUGCAAUGAGAGGUGAACUAAGCUUUUUAAAUCAAGAACUUUCUGAUGCUAGAAAAGAAUUAGAACAACAAAAUCAACAACAACAACAAAUUCCAUCCAAUGGGAAUAAUAAUUCUGAUGAAAUACUUCAAUAUCAAAAUCAAAUUAUGAAUUUACAAAAAGAAAAUGAAAACUUGAAACAAUCAAAUGAAGAUUUAUAUGAUUUAGAAAAUGAAAAUGAAGAACUUCAUGCUACCAUUAAAGAAUUACAAAAUGUUCAUAAAAGUGAACAAGAUAAUAAUGCUAUAUCACAAUCAUUUGUUGAUAGAUUAGAAGAACAAUUGGAAACUGUUAAAGAUAAGUUAUAUGAAACUGAACGUGAACUAAAUAUGAGAAAUGAAGAACUAGAUCAAUAUGAAGAUAAAGUUGAAGAGAUGGAAAAUUUAUUGAAAACUCAUAAAAAUUUAAGUGAUCAACAACAAGAUGAAAUUGAAGAAGAAUUAGAUGAUCUGAAAGCUAUUAUUAGAAAAAAAGAUGAAGAAUUUGCCAAAUUACAAGAUCAAUAUGAUGAAGUUGCUAAUAACGCUAAAGAAUUGAGAGGAAAUUAUAAAUCUAUACAGGAGGAAAAGGAUAAGCUUUAUGCAUUAAUGGAAUCAAAAUCUCAAGAAUCAAAUAAUAAAUAUUUAGAAAAUUUCCAAAAAUUAGAAGAUCAUAAUAGAGUUUUAUUGCAAAAAAUUCAUGCGAAAGAAGAUGAUUUAGAAAAAUUAAAUCAACAACUUUCCAAGUCAAAUUCCCAAAUCAAACAUUUAAAUCAAACAAUUGAUUCACAAUCUCAACUUAUUGAAAAAUUACGUUCUAAUAACUCAUCUAAUGAACAAGUUCAUGAAUUUGUUGAAGAUUUGAAAAAUCAAAUUAUUGGUCUUGAAAAAGAAUUACAAAGUGUAUCAUUCGAACGUGAUUCAUUACAAAAACAACUGAUUAAAUCGGAUAAAGAAAUCAUCGCAUUAAGAAAUAAUAAUGAAAGAACUUAUAAGGCAUAUACUGAUUUGAAAAAAUCUCAAUCAACAACUAAAGAAACACGUCAUAACGAUACAGAAAAACUGGAAGAUAUUUGGAAAUCUGAAAUUGAUUAUCUUUCAAAUCAAAUUAAAGAGUUGAAUGUUGAAAAUAAAACUCUUUCUAAAAAACUGAAUAAUAAGUCAAUUGAUACAAAUUCCUUUGAUAAAGCUGAAGUUAAAAAUUUAACUUCAAAAUGCAAUGAUCUUCAAUUAGAAUUAACUGAAAAAAAUAAUCAAUUAACUCAAAUUUCUUUCAAACAUAAGAAAGAAUUGGCAAAAUUAAAUGAUCUUUUAAAUGAAAAAGAAGAUGAAUUACAUAAAGCUAAUAGAGAAUUAAAAUUCAUGCAAACUUCAACAACUGAACAAAUUGAUAAUGAAAAAUUAGAAGCGUUAAAAUUAAAGAAUAAAAGAGAAUAUGAAAUUAAAGCUUUAAAAAUUGAAAUUGAAGGUUUGAAAACCGGUCAUGAAAAUGAAAUUCAAAGUUAUAAGAAGUUAUUGGAAAAUUUGAAGAACUCUACAUCAUCUUCUUCUUCAUCUUCAAUUGAUAAAAAAUCACAUGAUGAGCUUGAUAUUUUAAUUAAAAAGAUUGAUGAUAAAAACUUGAAAAUUAAAAUAUUAAAUAAUAAAUUAAGUGAGUCUAUUGAUACUAUACAUUUAUUAGAAAAGGAAAUUAAUAAAUUAGAAUCUAAUAAAUUCAUAAUUAUUGAAGAUAAUAAAAAACUUGAUAAUAAAGUUCGAAAAUUAAGUCAUGAAUUAAUGAAUCAAAAGAAACAAUUAGAUUCAAUUUAUUAUAAAGUUUCUCUUGAUAAUAAUAAUGAUUCACAAAAACUUCAAUAUGAACUUUCUAAAAAAGAAAAACAAUUAGAAAAUAUUAAUAUUGAAUUUAAUGAUAUGAAGAAUGAAUUACUUUUCAAAUAUUCAGAAAUUCGUCAAGAUAAAUUGAAUUUAGAGAAUAAAAUGGAGAAAAUUAUUAAAAAAUAUCGUCAUUUACAAAAUACUUUAAAUAUAAAUGAAAAAUCAAAUAAUAAUUUUUCACAUAACGAUAAUAAUAAAGAAUAUUUAAUGAUUCAAGACCAAUCUGAUCUUUAUAGAAUGAAAUUAAAUAAAUCUAAUUACAUUAUAAAUGAUUUAAAGUUCAUAAAUUCAUUCAUAUUGAAAUCAAUUCAAGCAACAAAUUCACAUUUGAAAAAAGAUGUUAAAAAAUUACAACAAGCUGGUAUUUAUCCAGAUUAUGAAUUAAUAAGUAAUAAAAAACCAUCCUUAAAAAUAAUCUUUAAAUUUGUGGUUGCAGCAGUUAGAAUUAAAAGGAAAACUGAUUAUAGUUCAAUAAGGAAUAAAAAAAUUGAAGAUUUAAAAUUUAAACUGGCAAUUGAUGAUUAUUGA